AAGUAUCUCUUUACUCCUACUCUUGAAUGCGCUUUUCGGGGUGGAUAACUUCUCACACAUAUCAUUCAUUAUCGACCUCAUCCUGCUUCUUAUUCGUCAUGAGCAAGUACAGCCCCUUUAAUUGUUUCAUGAUGGAGAGGAAGCCGGAGGUGGAGAGGCGGCUGGGGCGAUAUUUGCCCAUGUGGGAGCUGGCUAGUGAAGUCUCAGAGGAAUGGCAGGCCAUGUCCAAUUCAGAGAAAAUGAGGUACCAGCGUUUGUGUAGUCAACAAGGGGAUAAAUUGGACAGCUAUGGUGUACCACUGAGAUUGCGGGAGGAGGAGAAUCAAAUGAAGAAACAGGAAGCACGGGACAUGCAACACCACAUUGCAGACAUUGUUAACAAGUACCAUUCAUCAGGAGGACUGGGUUUGCUUCCCUUCUACGUGAUCAGCGGGAGCUUCUACUUACGUAUGGAUGAGGGCUGUUAUGUGCCUGCUGAGAUAAGUCUGCUGAAGUUCAGCUUCAAGACAGGGAUUAUCAGGGAGUUUCAUGCAAUUGUGGAACCAUUCCUUCCUGUGUCGUACAGAUGGCUAGCAAUGAAACACUCUCAGGCCACCCACAACUUGCUGCCCAAAGAUGGUGCAGAUGGGGAGAAAAUUAAACAGGUGGCUCGUAGCCCUACUCAAGUAGCUAAUCGCAUUAAGAAUUUCCUCUCUGAGGACUAUGACAAGUGCAGACCCCUGUACACCCUGCACAGCGAAGUGGAGCAAGUGCAGCAAAUGCUACACUCAAUGACAGGUGAGGACAAACUGAAGGUCUACUCUCUAGACAUACUCUUCCAACACAUUCACUCAGUCUUGAUCAGAAAAAUUCCACUCCAUGUAUCCACUGGUGUCAUCACUGAGUCCCUGUGGGAGUACCAUGUAGGGAUUGCAUGCAAGUGGCACAUAGACAAUGAGCAGGACUCGGUAAGAUAUUGCACAAUGUCCUGUGUCAAGCAAUGGGUGUUCCUGAUGUGCCGCCACAUUGGGAUGGUGCCAGCCUUUGGAGUGGUUCCUGAAGAGGGAAAACAUUACCCAGUGGAAGAGCCAGUUCUUAGUACUGUGGUGAACUUGCCACUUCUCAUGCAGAACCUGAAUAUGCCAGAUGAUAUAUCAAGUGGAAUUAUUAGUGCCAUUCCUACCUCAUCACCUGUGCCCCAGGAAGCUACUCUGGGCACCUGUCAUCAUCGCAGAUAAGAUGAACCUCAAUGGGUCUGGCAGUGCUUGGUAGAGGAGAGGUUCUCACCAGCAGACGUAUACACAAAGUUCAGCAAGUACUGAGAAAGAAACAGUUUGUGGAACACACUUUUGGGAACUUCAGGUUCUCUGAUGUAGAGACAUUAUCAGAGAAGUUACUUUGAGAGGUAGAAACUGGUGGAUACUUAAUACUUUUCCUCCUCCCUGUGAUGUAGUUUAAAAAUAAUUAUAAUUAUUAUUGCUCAA